AUGGAAGCUUUCACGCGCCUAGUGGACUACGUUGUCGAAUACGAGUCUGAAUUCAGUGCUGCAUCAAAGGACAUCUCGAAGAACGCUCUUGUGAUGCAACAAGACGAGCUGAGAGAGAUGUGGUGCAAAGCGAAAGCUGCCCAUGACGACCUCAACAGCAAAGGGGACAUGUCUGCAAAGGACUAUGCCCUUAUUAAAAAAAAAUUCAAGCUAGGUGGUCAAUGCUACAUACGUUGCAUGCGGGCAAUGAAGGAUAUGUCUGAGAUCCUCUCAACCCCCAAAGACACAGAAAAGUCUGCUGAGGUAGACAAUAACCACUCCCUUCCGCCUUGCGAUACCGAUGUUUUCAAAGGGGACUACCUUUCAUGGCCAACAUUCCGGGAUAUGUUCACGGCCGUAUACAUCAAAAGCAAGCGCCUGUCACCUGUUGAGAAAUUAUACCAUCUCAACAAAAAGACUCAAGGGGAAGCGAAGGUUAUUGUGUCUAAAUGCCCUCUUACAAAUGAUGGUUUUGCAAUGGCAUGGAAGGGUUUAACUCACAUGUACGAGAAUGAGCGAAUUCUCGUCGAAACCCAAGUCGACAUACUGCUCGACUUACCGUCAAUCGACAAAGAGUGUUCCAGUUCGAUAAAAUGGCUACAGCGGGAAAUCAACAGCUGCAUCUCCUGCCUGACAGCCAAUAAAGUGGACAUUGGGAACUGGGACCCAAUCAUAAUCCGCAUAUGUUCCAAGAGACUGCCACAAGCAACAUUAGCCCUGUGGGAACAGUCUGUAAAGAACAAAACAAAGACAUCGAAGUGGGAGGAAUUGGACAACUUCCUCACGGAUAGAUACCGUGAUUUAGAGGCAAUAGAACGUGCCAAGAAAUCGUCCAAUUCUGUAAAGCCUGUCAGUGCACCCACACAGAAUAAAUACAACAACAAUAGCCAUCAGAACAGACUCGGCGCCUUCCAACACGUGCCACGCGCGAGGCAUCACACACUCCUACAUUUGAGGACAGUGCAGCCUAGCAGCCAAAGAGGCUCAUCUACGCCAUCGGACGAGAUUCCGUCUACGUCCAGGCAAGCGCAGCAGAGACGCAACUUCAACAAGUCGAAAGGCAAGCCAACGACUCAAGUACAGUCGUGCUUCGCUAACAGCGACAAAGGUGUCUUGUUAGGAACGGCACAAAUAAAUAUAAAUUACAGCGGCGUUACUUAUGCCGCAAGAGCACUCAUCGACUCCGGGUCAGAGUGCUCUUUCAUCACAGAAAGGCUGAAGCGCAGAAUCAACUUGCCAGUUAGGAGGAUAAAUGCCCAGGUGUCAGGCAUUAACAACACCGUAUCUGCGCAAGUGAAGGAAGCAUGUUGUGUCGAGUUGCGGUCACCAAUUGACCCACUUAUAUCGAUCACAACGAACAUGAUGGUUCUGCCGAAAUUGACGGGAAACUUGCCGACUUGCCAUAUUAGCGCACUAACUCGGCAGGCUUUCCCAGAUCUCACGUUGGCGGAUAAGAGGUUCAUACUCGGUGGUGACGUCUAUCCCCAGAUUAUGCUGGAUGGCAUACGCAAGAACGUGCUGGGAUCACUUCUUGCGCAAGAGACAGUGUUCGGUUGGAUAGUCACAGGGCGUGCUAAUACAAUUAAGCCAACCAACACUUGCGUCUCUUAUUAUAACGAAAUAUCGCUGGAAAAGCAGUUAGCUUCGUUCUGGGAAUUGGAAGAGAUCUCCAAGGAAAAGAAAUUAAGCGAGGAGGACAGGUACUGUGAAGAGCUCUAUAAAGAGACAACGAAGCGAAAUGAAGACGGGAAAUACGUUGUAUCGCUACCAUUCAGGAAAGACUAUCCAGUCAACAUUAGUCUAGGUAGUUCCUUAAAGAUUGCGUACUCCCAGUUUUAUCGCAAUGAAGCUCGGUUGUCCAGAGACGAAAACCUGCAAAAAGAAUACAACAGAGUGUUAAAUGAAUAUGUUGAGCUGGGUCAUAUGGCAAAGAUACAUACCAAUCAAACGGCCGACUCUAGUAACAACUAUUACCUGCCUCACCACGCCGUAAAAAAGGAAGAGAGCACAUCGACAAAGGUGCGUGUGGUGUUCAAUGCAUCGCAAGCGACUUCAAACGGCACUUCGCUGAAUGACAUCCUUCUCCCCGGUCCGGUUCUUCAGGCAGAUUUGACCAUAUUAAUUCUGCGAUGGCGUUUAUUUAAAUAUGUCUUCAAUAGCGAUAUUGAGAAGAUGUAUCGCCAAAUCCUGUUGAAAGCUGAUCAAACGAAGUACCAGCGAAUCGUUUUCCGCAACCAUCCGACCGAACAAACCAAUAUUUUUGAAUUGAAGACGCUAACGACGUUGAAAGCUCACUACCAGUAG